CGGCGCUCGCGCUCCUCGGGCUCGGCGGCGGCGGCGGAGGCGCAGGCGGCGGCUUGGCGCCGGGUCCCCUCGGGAGCGGCGGAGCGUCGUGCGGCCGGAGGAGCGAGCACCUGCCGCGGCCCGCCCGCCGGCGCUCGGCUCUGAGUGCUCUGGCAUGGAGCGGGCGUGCAGGGGGUGAGGACCCGGCCUGGACCGCAUCACUGCCUGCCUUUCACCCUGGGACCGGCUCGCGCAGACUCGCCCUGGAAGAGGAUGUCUGGGGGCCUUUUGCUGCUGCUCCCCGCCGGGGGGCGGGCCUUGCUCCUCCUGUUCUGCGUGGCCACGACCCAGUCCCACUGGCCAAGUGAGCCGGCGGAGGCCGCCAGGGGCUGGGAGAACCAGCUGGAGGCGUCCAUGCACUCGGUGCUGUCGGACCUCCCGGAGGCUGUCCCCACGGUGGCCGGCAUUCCGGACGGCACGGCUGUCGUCGGCCGCUUGUUUCAAGUGACCAUUCCUGCAGACGUAAUUGCUUCUGAUGGAGAAGUCAUCAAGGUGUCGGCUGCAGGGAAGGAGGCCUUGCCGCCCUGGCUGCACUGGGACCCGCAGAGCCGCAGCCUGGAGGGCCUCCCCCUCGACACGGAUAAGGGGGUGCAUUACAUCGCGGUGAGCGCGGCACGGCCCGGGGCCAACGGGAGCCACGUCCCCCAGGCUUCCAGCGUGUUCUCCAUCGAGGUUUCCCCGGAGGACCACAGCGAGCCGCAGGCCGUGCGGGCCGCCCCGGACCCCGGGGAGCCGGCGGCCUCCGCCUGCGCUGCCGACGAGCCCGUGACGGUGCUGACGGUCAUUCUGGACGCCGACCUCACCAAGAUGAGCCCACAGCAGAGGGUGGCGCUGCUGCGCAGCAUGCAGAGCUUCUCGGGCGUGGAGCUGCCCGGCAUGAAGCUGGUGCCCGUGGUGAACAAUCGGCUGUUCGACAUGUCCGCCUUCAUGGCCGGCCCGGGCAACGCCAAGAAGGUGGUGGAGAACGGGGCGCUGCUGUCCUGGAGGCUGGGCUGCUCCCUCAACCAGAACAGCGUGCCUGACAUCCGCGGCGUGGAGGCGCCCGCCCGGGAGGGGGCCAUGUCCGCCCGGCUCGGCUACCCCGUCGUGGGCUGGCACAUCGCCAACAAGAAGCCCCCUCUCCCCAAGCGCGUCCGGCGGCAGAUCCACGCCACCCCCACCCCCGUCACUGCCAUCGGCCCCCCCACCACCGCCGUCCCAGAGCCGCCGUCCAGGAUCGUGCCCACCCCCACGUCGCCAGCCAUCGCUCCUCCCACCGAGACCAUGGCUCCGCCGGUCAGGGACCCCGUGCCUGGGAAGCCCACGGUCACCAUUCGGACUCGCGGGGCCAUUGUUCAGACGCCAACCCUGGGCCCCAUCCAGCCCACUCGGGUGUCCGAAGCUGGCACCACGGCUCCCGGUCAGAUCCGCCCCACGAUGACCAUUCCCGGCCACUUGGAGCCCACGGCGGUCGUUACCCCUCCCACGACUACCACCAAGAAGCCACGCGUGUCCACGCCAAAACCAGCCACGCCUUCUACCGACUCCUCCACCACCACGACCCGAAGGCCCACCAAGAAGCCGCGCACCUCCCGGCCGGUGCCCCGGGUCACCACCAAGGCGCCCGUCACCAGACUGGAGACGGCCUCCCCGCCGACACGCAUCCGCACCACCACCAGCGGGCUGCCCCGCGGCGGCGAGCCCAACCAGCGCCCCGAGCUCAAGAACCACAUCGACAAGGUGGACGCCUGGGUGGGCACCUACUUCGAGGUGAAGAUCCCAUCGGACACCUUCUACGACAGGGAGGACACCACCACCGACAAGCUGAAGCUGACGCUCAAGCUGCGGGAGCAGCAGCUGGUGGGUGAGCAGUCGUGGGUGCAGUUCAACAGCAACAGCCAGCUGCUGUACGGCCUGCCCGACGCCGGCCACGUGGGCAAGCACGAGUACUUCCUGCACGCCACCGACAAGGGCGGCCUGUCGGCCGUGGACGCCUUCGAGAUCCACGUGCACCGGCGCCCGCAGGGGGACAAGGCGCCCGCGCGCUUCCGGGCCACGCUGGCGGGCGAGCCGGGGCCGCUGGUGAGCGACGUGCACAAGAGGAUCGCGCUGGUGCGGAAGCUGGCCUUCGCCUUCGGGGACCGCAACUGCAGCACCGUCACGCUGCAGGGCAUCCGCCCCGGCUCCAUCGUGGUGGAGUGGACCAACAACACGCUGCCCCUGGAGCCCUGCCCCAAGGAGCAGGUGGCCGCGCUGAGCCGCCGGAUCGCAGAGGACGACGGCAAGCCCCGGCCCGCCUUCUCCAACGCCCUGGAGCCCGACUUCAAGGCCCUGAGCGUGGCCGUGACGGGCUCCGGCAGCUGCCGGCACCUGCAGUUCGUCCCCGUGGCGCCGCCCCGCAGGGUGCCCUCCGAGGCGCCCACCACGGCCGUGCCCGACAGGGACCCCGAGAAGAGCAGCGAGGACGACGUGUACCUGCACACGGUCAUCCCGGCCGUGGUGGUGGCCGCCAUCCUGCUCAUCGCCGGCAUCAUCGCCAUGAUCUGCUACCGCAAGAAGCGCAAGGGCAAGCUCACGCUGGAGGACCAGGCCACCUUCAUCAAGAAGGGCGUGCCCAUCAUCUUCGCUGACGAGCUGGACGACUCCAAGCCACCGCCCUCCUCCAGCAUGCCCCUCAUCCUGCAGGAGGAGAAGGCCCCCCUCCCGCCCCCCGAGUACCCCAGCCAGAGCGUGCCCGAGACCACCCCCCUGAACCAGGACAGCGGGGGCGAGUACGCGCCCCUGCGCGAGGAGGACCCCAACGCGCCUCCCUACCAGCCGCCCCCGCCCUUCACGGCCCCCAUGGAGGGCAAGGGCUCCCGCCCCAAGAACAUGACCCCGUACCGGUCUCCCCCGCCCUACGUGCCCCCUUAACCCACAGGCGCCUGGUGGAGGCAGGGCAGGGCAGGGCCCUGGAGACCACACGGUGGUGUCCGUGGAGACGGUGGCCCGCAGACCAUCGCCCCUGGAGCUGACACCUGACCUAGCACACACUGGCGCGGGGCAGGACACGCCCGCCUCUGUCCUCCUGACCCCGAGCGGCCGAGAGGCCUGGGGACACUUCACUUUCUUUUUGCCUAACAGCUUUCUGUUUGUCCAUAGAGAACUCUGCGAGCCCCGGGCGUGGGGAGGCUGAGCAGCCCAGAGCUCGCAGGCAGUGCCGCGCCUCCGGCCUCUGCGUUUGCCUUUAACACUAACUGUACUGUUUUUUCUAUUCACGUGUGUCUAGCUGCAGGACGUAACAUGGAAAACAGUAGCUGAAGAUUACAUUCAAAGGACUUUCUUAAGGUUAAGUUUUUACAUUUAAUCUGCUGUUUACCUAAACUUGUAUGUAUAAUUUUUGGGUGGGUGUGGGAAAUUGCUUUGCUAAAAAUAAGCUCCCAGGGUGUUUCAAACCUAGAGAAGACCACGGGACAGUAUUUUUUAUCAAAGGAAUCCUAUUUUUUCACACUACGUAACCUGGCUGCUCUGAUGCCCCAGAGCGGAACGGGGCCUCCCGCCCUGGCUCAGGGGCCAGGGCCCUGGUGCUGGGCUUGCUCCCCACCGUGGCCACGGCUGGAAGCAGGAGGGGCCUCCAGGCCGUGGACACCCCCCCACACCCCCUGCACGCUCGCAGCUCACCACCCAGGGGUCUUCAUUUCCAUCGAAACGGGGCUCCAGGAGGCAUGGGCCACGGCCCCAACCUCGGUGCUGCAGGGUGGGCCAGCUGCUCGGGUGCCUGGGGAGGUCGAGGGGCCCGACCGCAUCAGCCUGGUUUCUUUCACCUUCUGUGUUUUCCCUCCUCAAAGGAGCACCAUGGCUUUUGAAACACUUAGUGGGGGACAUUUUGGUGAAGAUGCAAUAUUUUUAUCUCAUGUGAUGCUCUUUCCUCACUUGACCUUGGCCACAUUGUCCCCACAGUCCACAGCCCCCCACCCUGACCCCCACCCUCUUCUCUGGCGCUCCAGUGCCAGGCCCGGGGCCUGGCGGCUGGGAGGGGCUGGCGGCUGGGGAGGAGUGCCAGCAAUAGUUCGUAGUGAAAACCUGUGGGCUCUCAAAGCUAAUUUUUUACUAAAGUUUUUAUACAGCCUCAAGUUGUUUUAUUAAAAAAAAGAUUUAAAAUGGUGAUGCUUACAGCAGUUUGUACAAGCUCUUAGUGUCGACUCCAUGGAACUGACAGCUUCGCUCAUUUUGAUUUGGUUUUAUUUUUUGCCCCUUCUUUCCUUCCUUCCUUUUUUUGUUCGUUUGCCCCUUUCUUUCUUACCGGUUUAAGUUUGGGGUUACACUGGGGUCCUUUGGCCUUUUUUAGCAGAGUGUCCGUCUGUCCGUCCAUCUGCAUCUGUCCCGGGACUCAGGGCGCCCCUCGCUGGAGCCGCCUCCUUUGGGAGGAGCCAUGGGGCGUGACCUUGAGGCUGAGCGGGCUGGCGGACGGAGGGGAGGAAAGCCUUUCCAAUAAUGCCGAGCGUGGUGGGCCGGCUCCCUGGGACACGAGCAGCACUUCUAAGCCAUAUAGACCUGCAGAGGCCCGGGCUGCUCUGGAGGGAGGCCCCGAGGUCUGCCCCCGGCCUUCUCCGCAGGCCCAGCCCUCCCUGCCGGCCCCAGUGGAGCUUGAGUGGGCAGUGCUGUGGGGCGCCGGCAGACGGAGGCUCUGUGGACAUCGGGUGACCAGGCCUGUGCCUCCAAGUCCUGAUCCAAGCCAGAGUUCCCCGAUGCCCCAGAGGCAGGAGCACACGUGGGUCUGACCUGGAGAGGCCAUUUUUGAUGACCUCAUCAGAAAGUAAACAAUUCUGGCGUUCCAGGUGAGGGCUCUGACAGGCUUUCCCAACAGCACAGUUGCCCCUAGCAACCCCACCAUGAGGCACGGCCAUGCAGAGAUGUGGCUGGCCCAGAAUGGCCCGUUGCCAUAGCAACUGGAGGCACUGGGGCAGUGAACAGAAUAACAAGAGCAACAAUGCCCUUGCAGGCACCCCCCCCCUUCCCCCCCUACGGGCUGCUGAUGGCCCAUGGUGUCGGACUCUGAGACAGCCGGCCUCACAUUCAAGUGUUCACCAACCACUGGCGUGUUUUAUUUCCUUCUGUAUGGGUUUCAGACGUGUUUUCUGCAUUCUGUAUAGAAACAUAUCAAACUAAAUAAAAGCAGUGUCUUUAUUACAA